AUGAGCAGCAAUGGGGAUAGCAGUAGCAAUAAAGUGCUUCAAUCGCUGGGCCCUCCCCACUCUGGGACAGACGAGGGCGUCCACUUCCAACCCAUCCACGACCAGCGCCGUUCCUUUUCUGUCUCUUUGGACUCGGAAAAGCCGCCGUCGAGUCAUACUCCUGCCGCUGGAAGACGCUCGCUUGAUGUGCAAGAGCGAAACGGUUAUAUUGUCCUGAAUGAAGACGAUUGCUAUGAUCAAUUGGGAUUUUGCUUCCCAAACUGGAAAAAAUGGAUGAUCAUUUCGGUCAUCUUCCUGGUCCAGACCUCGAUGAACUUCAACACCAGCUUGUAUUCCAAUGCCAUCGGUGGUAUUUCGGAAGAAUUUGGUGUUAGUCUCCAGGCUGCACGCUGUGGUGCUAUGAUCUACCUGGUGACUUAUGCAUUUGGCUGCGAGCUGUGGGCACCCUGGAGUGAGGAGUUAGGGCGCAAGCCUAUUUUACAACUCAGCAUGCUCCUCACAAAUAUUUGGCAAAUCCCUGUUGCUCUUGCGCCUAAUUUUGCGACUAUCAUGGUGGGGAGGGCAUUCGGUGGUAUCAGUCUGGCUGGCGGCUCAGUUACACUGGGGAUGAUUGCGGACAUGUGGGAGCCAGAGCAUCAGCACUAUGCAGUAGCAUGUGUGGUAUUCUCAUCAGUGGGUGGUUCGGUCCUAGGGCCUCUAAUAGGAGGCUUCGUUGAGGCCUUCCAGCCCUGGCCUUGGGCUAUGUGGAUCCAGUUGAUCUUUGGUGGAUUUGUUCAGAUCUGCCAUCUUCUGCUUGUUCCUGAAACCCGGGCGACUAUCAUGAUCGAUAACUACGCCAAGAAACAGCGCAAGGAGACUGGCCUUAAUGUCUGUGGGCCUGAUGAAUUCCAGCCCUUUAAAGAACGUUUUUCUUUGAGUCAAAUCCUUAUCACCUGGAUGCGCCCUUUCAAGAUGCUGGCAACAGAGCCAAUCGUGCUGACCCUGUCUUUGCUCAGUGGCUUCAGCGAUGCUCUAAUCUUCAUGUUUAUUCAAUCUUUCAGCCUGGUCUACGAGCAGUGGCACUUCAGCACUGUUGCUAUAGGCCUGUCCUUCAUCCCAAUCUUAGUGGGCUAUAUCAUUGCCUGGCUCAGUAUGUACCCAGUACUGCGCAGGAAUUCCGCCAAGAGAAAGAAGAAUCCUGAUGAUGAACAUGCGCAAUAUGAAUCCCGCCUCUGGUGGCUACUGUACACUUCCCCAUGCCUCCCCAUUGGCCUGAUUGGCUUUGCGUGGACGAGUCUAGGGCCCCCAAUCCACUGGAUAGGAACCAUGGUGUUUGCAGCUAUUGUUGGCAUCGCGAACUAUACCAUCUAUAUGACCACCAUCGACUACAUGAUCUGCGCCUACGGUCCUUAUUCUGCUUCCGCUACCGGUGGAAAUGGCUUCUCAAGAGACAUACUCGCAGGUGCUCUCACUGUGCCGGCUACACCAUUCUUUAGCAAUAUCGGUGCUCCGGACCGUAAUCUCGAAUACGCAUCUACCAUCCUAUUUUGCAUCUCCUGUCUCCUUGUGGCCUCCGUCUACGUCAUCUAUUGGAAGGGGCCGGUGAUGCGCAAAAAAUCACCCUUCGCCCAGCAACUGUCCGAUGCUCGGAAGGAAAGUACCAGCCGUCGCGCUUCCAUGGUUUACUCCAGGUCGGCACCUCAGUCCCGCAGGCCAAGUGAUAGAAGGCAGGCGGUCGACAGUGGCAUAUCAGCGAUAAGAGGUAUGCGGCCAAGCCCUGGAGAUCCGAAAGUUGGAACAUCUUCGCCAUCUGGGGAUGGUAUCGUGAAGACGGGUUGUCGACAAGCCGCUGACAAUGGCGCUCCAACAACCUUGUCCUUUACCCAAGGGUUUCUUCUCGGCCAGCUCUCAGUAGUACUCCUGAUCGGCGCUUUCAUCAAAUUUUUCAUUUUUGGUGAAGCGCCACCCCCUCCAUCCCGGGGCAUGUCAAACCGCACAACCCACCGCCGCUACAGCUCCGUCUAUAGCCCCCCUCAAGAUAGCCAGAAAUCAUUACGAGAAAAACCGUCCACGUCGAACGUUCUCCGUCCGGUACCUUCCACCUCUACAAACACCCGCUCCAUCCUCCGCAAAACCUACUAUAGUGCCAUUCCUACCAACCCUACGAGCAAACAUGGCCGACACCGCAUGCAUCACUCCUCGCAUCAGCCUGAGUCACUGGACUGGUUCAACGUACUCAUUGCACAGACAAUUGCUCAAUACAGGGAGACAGCCUAUUCCCUCAAGGACUCACCCACUUCAUCAAUCCUCAGCUCCCUAACGGCAGCCAUGAACAACCCGGAGAAGAAACCAUCUUUCAUAGACAAGAUAAAAGUCACCGAUAUCUCACUAGGCGAAGAGUUUCCCAUUUUCAGCAACUGCCGCAUCAUUGCCGUUGACGAUCCCGUGUCGGACGGCGGACGCCUACAGGCGCUACUGGAUGUCGACCUUAGCGACGACAACCUUUCCAUUGCCGUCGAGACAUCCAUGCUUCUGAACUACCCCAAACCACGCUCUGCCAUCAUACCAAUAGCUCUAUCAGUCUCGGUUGUGAGAUUUUCCGGAACGCUUUGCAUAUCCUUGAUCCCCGCGUCGACCGAACCGCCAGAACCACUUCAAACGCCUGCCGGAUCACCAGCACCCCCCCACAUCAGACCCAAGGGACAAUACAGGGAACCGACCCUCCGGUCCCGGAGAGCACACAGCCUCGCAAGACCAGCUACCACCAAAAAGCAGCCCGAAAAGCAACGUCGCAUUCUCUUUCCUCCCAGAUUACCGCCUGAGACCUCUCCCCGACUGCAGGAUGUACCGAAGAUAGCACAGCUCGUCGAAGCACGAGUGCACGCAUGGUUUGAGGAGCGCGUUGUCGAGCCUCGAGUGCAAGUAGUCGGACUUCCAGACUUGUGGCCGCGCAUGGGCAGAACAGGCGUCCGACCCGGUGAGGACUCGGAUGCUGGGUCAACGGCGCCACCGCGUAGCGCUGGCUCUACUGAGUCGUCUGGACCGCCCCGAUUUUCUGAUGAUCAUGGUCGGGAGCCGGAGGGGCUGCGGUUCCGUGGGGCCCUGGAUUCACGGUUAGGGCUUGGUGCUGGCUCGCGCACGAAUAGUUUCAAUGUUGAUAUGGGUGGCUUGCGGAGCUCGAGUAUGACGAGGCAACAGAGUGGUGGUGCUACGAGUGACCAUUUUGAAAUGCCUGGUGCCAUGCCGGCGGGUACGCCAGUUGGGACGCCUGGCAUACCAGACAAUUGA